AUGGCAAGUGCUAGUACUACCAAUCCUGGCAUUUAUUCUGCAAGACAAAUACUAUUAUUAGCUCAACUACUACAUUCCGAUAAUAUAAACAAUGUUGACAAAUUAACUUCAUUGAAUGAAAACAAAAUACAAAAUAUUAUUAUUCAAUGGAAACAACAUAAGAUCAAUCAUUUAAAUAGUGCCACGAUAAAUAACAAAGAUAGUACCAUCAAACUUCAAACCACUGUUCAACUUGUUGAAUUAUACAAAAAUCUACUAAAGAAAUACGAAGUGACCAAUACAGAGGAAUUGGCAAAUGCUGCUUAUUUUAAACGAAUGAGUGAAUUAGAGGGUAUUAUAGAAAAAGAUAAACAGAUGUUUGAAGAUACUCUCAAUAGUUGA